CGGGUAGCGAGACUAGUACCGAUAGUUCCUGAAGACGCGAAACCGUGCAUUGAGAGGAUAGCUAACUUGCACCCCAAACGCCCAGAUUAUUAGCAUAGUAGUCGUCUUUGAUUGAAUAAUUGGAAAUGGCAGUGAACACAGGCACGUCUCUGGUGCUGUCCAGCUUGCUAUCGGUGUUGGUGUUCGCGGGGAUGCAGAUGUUCAGCAGACAGUUGGGCUCCACGGAAUGGCUCACCAUCCUGGGGGGGUUGCUGGGGUCUGUCCUCUUUAUCUGCUCCCUCACUGCCUUCAAUAACCUGGAAAAUCUCAUCUUCGGGAAGGGAUUCCAGGCAAAGAUAUUCCCAGAAAUCCUGGUGUGCCUGUGCCUCUCCCUGUUUGCCUCUGGACUGGUGCACCGAGUGUGUGUCACAACAUGUCUGAUAUUCUCUCUCUUCGCCAUCUACUACAUUAACAAAGUAUCGGCCGCCCUCUACCAGGCCGCUGUUCCCGCGGUAGCACCUGCCAAAGCUACCAGCAAAGGCAAAAGGAAGAACUGAGCCAGAAAUCUGGCACGCUCUCAUCCGACAUUAUUCGUUUUUGAAAACCAAUCAUUAUUGAGGACAUUUGUAAUGUAACCAGUGCUGUCACAUCCCAGUUAUCUGUCAUGUAUUUUGCCCAAUAGUCUCUGUCCUUUAGUAUGUCACUUUUCUAAACCCUUCCUGAAGUCUGCUGUUAUGGACUACAGUCGCGAAGUGACAGAUAAUUGAGAGAUGGUCACUGACGACCAAAAGCAACCGCAAAGGGGUCUUGAAUAGUUUGUUUCCUUGACUUGUUUUCCCAGUCACAGCUUACUGAGCACGUGAAGGAUGAAGCUAGAAUGGGAGGAUAGCAGGGAAAGAAUCUGUUGUUGGAUUUAGCGUUUAUUACAUUCCCUCUAUCCAGCACUUGUUUCCCUUCUGGUUGCACAUAGAUUUAAACGUCAUCCAUGCGUGAUUGUUUUGGUAUGUUUCAGCAUUUUUUUUUUGUUAAGAUGAAUUUGUAAUUAAAACAAUUUGAGGAAAAA